CUGGGUGUGGGGCGCGCAGGGCAGGUGGGGAGGCUGUGUCUGGCGCGAGGUGGAGGGGCAGCCUCGGCCUCGAGAGAGCGUCCCGGCUGUCGGACCCGCCUUCCGUGGCCCGGCCCCUCCCCGUUCCCCGGCGACCGCCGCUUCCUGGUCCCCGACGCAACCAUGGCUGAGGAGCAGCCCCAGGUCGAGCUGUUCGUGAAGGCUGGCAGUGAUGGGGCCAAGAUUGGGAACUGCCCCUUCUCCCAGAGACUGUUCAUGGUGCUCUGGCUCAAGGGAGUCACCUUCAACGUCACCACCGUUGACACUAAGAGGCGGACUGAGACCGUGCAGAAGCUGUGCCCAGGAGGCCAGCUCCCAUUCCUGCUGUACGGCACGGAAGUACACACAGACACCAACAAGAUUGAGGAGUUUCUGGAGGCCAUGCUGUGCCCUCCCAGGUACCCCAAGCUGGCAGCUCUGAACCCUGAGUCCAACACAGCUGGGCUGGACAUAUUUGCCAAGUUUUCUGCCUAUAUCAAGAAUUCAAACCCCGCGCUCAAUGACAAUCUGGAGAAGGGACUCUUGAAAGCCCUGAAGGUUUUAGACAAUUACUUGAUAUCCCCGCUCCCAGAAGAAGUGGAUGAGACCAGUGCCGAAGAUGAGGGCAUCUCUCGGAGGAAGUUUCUGGACGGCAAUGAGCUCACGCUGGCUGACUGCAACCUGUUGCCAAAGCUGCACAUAGUACAGGUGGUCUGUAAGAAGUACAGGGGCUUCACCAUCCCGGAGGCCUUUCAGGGAGUGCAUCGGUACUUGAGCAACGCCUACGCUCGCGAAGAGUUUGCCUCCACCUGUCCAGAUGAUGAAGAGAUCGAGUUGGCCUAUGAGCAGGUGGCCAAGGCGCUCAAAUAAGGCUGUGGCUGUGUGCGGGCUCCCUCCCCCACCUCCCUGCACGCUCUCCACAGAGGGCCUGGGUGCUUUCCACAUUGGCCCCCAGUGGACACUCCAAAAUGACUGGUGGGCUGCAAAUCCUGAGCACUUGUGCAGGGGUGGCUGGGUGGCUGGCUGGCUGGCUGGCUGGGGCAAGAUGGGGCAUAUGGGUAAGGUUUUUAUUGUGAGAUGGGUGGGUAGGACAAUGUAUUUCAGUAAUAAAACACAGAAUGAAA